CCUGUCACAGUUCAGACUCUUUCUCAGUUGCUGUCUGUCUUUCCUUGUGGCUUAUCUGGCCUUUGAGCCCGUUGGAUUUCUGUGGGGUGGGGCUUUCAUGAUUUUCUUUCCAAUAGCCCAGUGAAGCUGUUGUUUGAGGAGUGUGUCUCACCCUAGUGUGUCUUGUAGAUUAGUUAAAGCUAAUGAUAUACUGUCUUACCCUAAACUUGAGCCCAGCAUCGAUAUUUCUACCUGAAGACCUUUAAUCCUGGUCUCUACUAUUCAAGGUAGGAGCUCACACUUUCAGAAUUUGGUAAGCGUAAACAUGGCAGAAAAACUGGGACUUGUGGCUGCUACGGAUGAGCCCAAUGCCUUGAAUAUUCUCUCUCUCCUGGAACGUGUGGCUGGCAUCAUUGACAAUGUGCAGGCAUGCCAGCAACGCAUGGAAGAGAGACAGCUGGAAUUGGAGAACAAUGUGAAGACCAUACAGGAAGAUGUAGUAAAGUUGACCAAGGAGCAUACCACUACCAGUGGCACUGUCGAAAAGCUACUGGAGAAAACACGGAAAGUUAGCUGCCACAUUAAGGAUGUGCGGGUCCGUGUAGAAAAGCAAAACAUACGUCUCAAGAAGGUAGAGGAAACACAGGCUGAGCUGCUAAGCAAAAACAAGUUCCGUGUGGUAAUAUACCAGGGUGAUACUGAGGUCUCAGCGGUAGCAGACCCAAAGGACACCCCAAAAGGAGCAGCGGGUGGUGAGGCAUCAGUGGAUGCAGCUAUACCUGAGACCUUAAUUCCUGACUCAGAUGAGGAAUACAUGGUUGUUGAAGAGGCUGAUUCCACAGCGGCGAAGUUGAAGAAGACUGGCCUGAAGCGUAUUGAGAGUCUGAAGAAUACCUUUUCCCGUGAGAACAUGACCAAGACCAAGGAGAAUCUGGGAACCAAGGUUAAUAAGCUGGGUGAGCGCAUUGUGACAGCCGAGCGUCGUGAGAAGAUUCGCCUGUCAGGUGAACGCCUGAAACAAUCUGGAGAGCGCUUCAAGGAAACCAUAACUAAGAAUGUCCCAGCAAAGCUAAACCUGAAGAAGGAAAGAACUGUAGCUGAGGGUCAGGAGGGGGCAGAGGGUACCACAGAGGGUGUAGUGCCCAUUCCACCACCCAAGGGGCGUAAAACCAGUCCAGAUGUGGCUUACACGGAGCCCACACCAAAGCAGGAAGGAGCAGAAGAGGGUAAAGCAGAUGAAUCAGAAGUGCCAAUGUUUGACAUGAAGGAGCUUUCAUAAGCAGCAAGUCAGUGGACUCAAAGGAAUAUUUGCAGGUUUGGGUCAUGUUUGAGAAUUUUACAGUCCCUGUUGAGAAGGUAGAUGAUAGACUUGUAGCACCUGGUGGUAAAAACUCGGGCCAGUCGCACAGAUCUAGCAGCUCUUCUGCCAGAAUAUUAUGGCUGGAUGGUAACCUGAAGUAAGUCAUUUAGCAUAAACAUAGAAUUGAACUAUUUUUACACUUAGUAUAGAUCGGACAAAUUACUUGGAUUAAUAAUGGAUGUUUAAUGAUUAAGCUGAAAAAAGUGAGAGGAAAUGAGCCCACUGGGGGUGUUGGAUUAUUCCUAACCUACUCUAGUGUUAAAAUAUUCACAAUUUUGCAUGCAACAUUGUGUAUGUAUGUAUAUCCUGUGCUACUGCAUGGUAUUUAUGUUUUAUGAAACUUGAUAAUCUUGCGUAGCCAUUUGAAAUAAACAAAGUCAACUCAA